CCUUAUCUACAACUGUGAUGCAAUACUAGGGACCAGAUAAACGCAGAACAUAAGAACAGAAAAGAGCAUCAAGAAGAGAGAGCAAGUUACAAUGAAUGCCACGGAAGCCAGCCUAGAUUUAAACCGCACCACGCCUAUUUAUGCCAUCGGAACCAGUUUUAUAACACAAUGGAAACUCCAGAAGCUAAAACAACGCACAUGCUUCAGUUGGAACUACCCCGACUGCCUCCUCGCGAACGGAACCAACUACACGGACAUCUACUUAUUGAACGCCUCACUGGAUGAAGUUCCGGGAUUGCAACCAGUGCUACCACCGUUCCCGCUGUGGCUCGCGAUCAUCUUCGCGACCUGCCUCGUGCUGGUCAUCCUGCUGACCGUCAGCGGCAAUGUGCUGGUGCUGCUCGCCUUCCUCGUCGACCGAACCAUCCGCCAGCCCAGCAACUACUUCAUCGCUUCGCUCGCUGCCACUGACCUUCUCAUUGGUACUUUAUCUAUGCCCUUUUACACAGAUUACGUCCUAAAAGGGUACUGGCAUUUAGGACCCCUGUUAUGUGACCUUUGGCUGUCUGUUGACUAUACAGUUUGCUUAGUAUCUCAAUACACAGUUUUACUUAUAACCGUAGAUAGGUUCUGUAGUGUCAAAAUAGCUGCAAGGUACCGAGCUUGGAGGACAAAGAAUAAAGUGAUUUGGAUGGUCACAGUGACGUGGAUAAUACCAGCUCUGUUGUUUUUCACAACAAUAUUCGGCUGGGAACACUUUGUUGGAUAUAGAGACUUGCAAGAAGGAGAAUGUGCAGUUCAAUUUCUAAAAGAUCCCAUUUUUAAUACAGCUCUUAUAAUAGGCUACUAUUGGACCACACUAUUUGUCUUAAUUAUUUUAUAUGCUGGCAUUUUUAAGACAGCCUACGAUAUGCAGAAAAAAAGUGAAGCUAAACAGAGAAAGAUGCAAUCAAUGGUCGCUUUAAGUGCAGGAGUUAUGACUGGUAUGGCAGGCAGAGCUGCUGGAAUGGCGGCGUUGUCCCAAGCUACAAUUUCAAAUGAAGACCAAGUUAAAGUUUCAGAAUCAAAUUGUAAAGAUUCCACGUCAAAAGCAUCUCUAGCCGCACCACUUCUUAACUUAGGUGUAUCGACCGACUCAAAUUCAAGUCAAAAAUCAUCAGCUCACAAAAGUAGCGCUACUGUGACAGGUACAUCUACUACUAUUGAAUCAGAUGGUGACAAAAAGGAGGAUCAAGUAGAAGCCGAACGAUCGAGUAGUCCAGCUUUUGAUUCAGACGACGAAAGUACCACACAGUCAAAUACCAAGAAACGGCCAUCGGUAGCAAAUUUGGUCAUGCAAACCGGUACAAUACAGUUACUAAAUAACAUGCAAAUAAACAGUCAUAUGCUGGUGAAGCCCGAUAACAAACAACUCUUAUUAAAGACCGAAAUAGAUAAGCCAAAAUCAUCCUUAUCACAAAUAUCUGAAAAGAGCCUAUUUGAGACUGAAAAUCCUGUUACCUCACACAGUAACGGACACACACCAGCAGUAAGUGUACUCCUAUCUUCUGCUAGCUUUAUGUCACCUUCAUCUUCAGGGAUAGCCACGCCAUCUGAAAGGGAAGUAUCAACUACAAUCGCUCAAAGAAUCAUUCCACCACCAUCAGAGUUUAGGGGCAGUCCACCUGCUUCUGAAAGUCCACCAUCUCAUUCAGAUUCAUCUAGAACUAUAUUAAGGUUAAUUAAAAACGACGGCCAUGGUUCCGAUAUGCUCAUUGCUAUGGACGGCGCUGAUCUGAGAUAUAUGGACGAAAGUUCUGUCAUCAUUCCUUCACCUACCAAUGAAAGCCCACCAUCUUCAAUCACCUUUCCUACAACUACUGAACCCUCAUCACCUCCUACACUUCAUUCAGGUAUUAUAACAAAUACUUCAUUAUUACAGGCUGCUCUCAUACGAGCAACAGCUGAAGCUCAAGUAACACAACCCAAAAUAAGUUUAUCUCUUCCACCACCUAUUAAAGUAAACACUGAGGUAUGUUUGACCACUGGAGAGCAUCCGAAACCCGUUACCGCCCUUGUAUUAUCGUCUUCUAAUAGCAAUGAACUCCAGUCUGCAAAACUACCUGAUAAUAAAACUGCAAUAUUAACACUUAAUGAAGCACCAGCGAUUGAAAAUAGCGAUUUAUCUAGUCCUGCAAUAAGUGGACCCGGCCGCAGCGAUUCAAGAAAAGAGUUUGUGAAAAAUAUUGGAAAAAAGCUGAAAGUGAAACGCUCUAAGCGGGACAGAUUGUUUCCUAGUAUUGGUAGACAAAAAUCUAAAUCAGAAAAUAGAGCGAGGAAGGCUUUCAGGACCAUUUCUUUUAUAUUAGGUGCGUUCGUUGUAUGUUGGACACCGUAUCAUAUCUUAGCUCUAGUCGAAGGAUUUUGUACAGAUCCACCUUGUAUCAAUCAACACUUGUACAUGUUUUCAUAUUUUUUAUGUUAUGCCAACAGCCCUAUAAAUCCUUUCUGCUACGCCUUGGCAAAUCAACAAUUCAAAAAAACUUUCACGAGACUACUCCGGGGGGAUUUUCAUAUUACCUAGUCCAUGUUUGUAGGAUAUAAAUAAGCGUGAUUGUGGAGCAACUUAUACAGUAUUAUCACAGUAUGCUUACUCUGUUCUGUCACAAAAGACAUAAUUAUUACGAGCAGAGGUUAUACACAAAUUGUAUCGAUUAGAUUGCUGUUUAUGAUAAGACAAUACCAAUUUAUGACUAGUUUAAACUAUGCUUUCAAUGUUUAGAAAUAAGAAAGAUAUGAGAUUUAAUAAAUGUAAAUCCAUACUAAAAUUAUGAAAUCUCUGUGUGUCACCCUUUCACGACCCCAUUGAUUUAAUAAUGGAUUUUUACGGAAUUUGGUAAAGACAUACCUGUCUUGCAAGAGAUGGACAUGGGCUAUACGGAAAAUCAAAGAAUUUUCACGGACUUUAAAGAAAACUUAAAUCCCUUUGGACAAGAUUGUGGGCACGAUCUAUUUGAUACAAAAAUAGCUUGCAUCCCGAAGUUUAGACAUAGGCUACUUUUUGUCCCGG